GGAACUCAAUAGCAAUUGGCUCUCUGGCCCUAUCCCUGCCAACAUUGGUUCAAUGACCGCAUUAGUGGACCUGAGUCUGCGCUCCAAUGGGCUGACUGGAUCUAUCCCUGCUGCCAUUGGUUCCCUCACAAGAUUGUCUGCUUUAAACCUUGCGUUCAAUGAUCUUGAGGGCUCCAUUCCUGCCACGACGGGCUCGUUAACAGCACUGGAAUAUCUCGAACUUUCAUACAACCAGCUCUCAGGGAGCAUUCCUACUCAACUUACUCAACUUACUCGACUUUCGGCCCUGUUACUCAGCUACAAUCGGCUGACUGGAUCUAUCCCUGCUGCCAAUGGUUCCCUCACAAGAUUGUCUGCUUUAAGGCUUGGGUUCAAUGAUCUUGAGGGCUCCAUUCCUGCCACGAUGGGCUCAUUAACAGCACUGGAAUAUCU